UCUCCUGACUGUAACUUGAAGUCAGUAGCCCUCCUACCAUCCUGUGCUGGUGCAUGCCAGUGAGCAGAGUACUGGACCUGUGCAUAGGGAGAGGGGCUUUACAUGCAUGCCUGUGUUCCUUCUAUCAGUGUGUCUGUGCAUGCACACACGUAUAUACACAUAGAAUAGUGGCAGGAGGAGCCAGAGUUGGAUGGAAUGUGGUUACGGGGACCUCUGAGACAACGAAGCCAACACUUUCUCUAACUAGAGAAGUGUCCAUGUGGUCUAUGUACUUGAGAAUCUUACAUUGCCCCUAACACAUAUGAUUCCUUCUCCCUAUCAUCCCUGCAGCCUGCCCUCAAACAAGGACCAAAUGCCCAACCCUAGGCCAGCCAAACCCACGGCCCCUUCCUUGGCCCUCGACCCAUCCCUAGGAACGUCUUCCUGCUGGAAGGCUGCACCCAAGACCUCUGAUCACCUGGGAGCCAGGGGCCCUGGAGGAAUCUUGCAAGGUUGGAACCUACGAGAUGGGGCCCAUGCCUCUUCUUCCUUGAACCCCCUGCCACCAUCACAGCUGCAGCUGCCUACAGUGCCCCUAGUCAUGGUGGCACCUUCUGGAGCCCGACUGGGCCCCUCACCUCACCUGCAAGCACUUCUCCAGGAUAGACCACACUUCAUGCACCAGCUCUCCACAGUCGAUGCCCAUACCCGGACUCCUGUGCUACAGGUGCACCCACUGGACAGCCCAGCCAUGAUCAGCUUCCCACCACCCACUGCCACCACUGGAGUCUUCUCUCUCAAGGCUCGGCCUGGCCUGCCACCUGGGAUCAACGUGGCCAGUCUGGAGUGGGUAUCCAGGGAACCAGCCUUGCUUUGCACCUUCCCAAGCCCAGGUGCAUCCAGGAAGGACAGCACUCUUUCAGGCACACCCUCAGGGCCCUGCCCACUGCUGGCAAAUGGUGUCUGCAAGUGGCCUGGAUGUGAGAAGAUCUUCAAGGAACAAGAGGACUUUCUUAAGCACUGCCAGGCAGACCACCUUUUGGAUGAGAAGGGCAGAGCACAGUGUCUCCUCCAGAAAGAGGUGGUACAGUCUCUGGAGCAACAGCUGGAGCUGGAGAAAAAGAAGCUGGGAGCUAUGCAGGCCCACCUGGCCGGAAAAAUGGCACUGACCAAGACUCCAGUUGUGGAACCAUUAGACAAGGGUUCCUGCUGCAUUGUAGCUUCUGGCACCCAAAGCAGCACCGUCCCAGCCUGGUCAGGACCCCGGGAUGCUUCGGAUAGCCUGUUUGCUGUGCGGAGGCACCUCUGGGGUAGCCAUGGAAACAGCACCUUCCCAGAGUUCUUCCACAACAUGGACUACUUCAAGUUCCACAAUAUGCGGCCGCCUUUCACCUAUGCCACCCUCAUCCGCUGGGCCAUCCUGGAGGCUCCUGAGAAGCAGCGGACACUCAAUGAAAUCUAUCGCUGGUUCACACGUAUGUUUGCUUUCUUCCGAAACCACCCUGCCACCUGGAAGAAUGCCAUCCGCCACAACCUGAGUUUGCAUAAGUGUUUCGUGCGGGUGGAGAGUGAGAAAGGAGCUGUGUGGACCGUGAAUGAGUUUGAAUUCCGCAAGAAAAGGAGUCAGAGGCCCAGCAGGCGCUCCAACUCUACACCUGGCCCCUGAUCUCAAUACCAUGGAAAGGAAGAAAGACAAGCCAGGGGCUAAAAGGGGGAGAAGUGGUAGGGGUAGGGGUGGCAGGCCUUGGACAUACCUACAGAAACCAGGAAGGAAAGUAUCCACAGCCUUGCCUUCCAGAAUGUCUGCUCCCUGAGUUGGCUGCCAUCCUGGAUCCUAUCUUCUACCCUGAGGCUGCUCAGAGGGGCCCCAGUCCAAGUCUAGCCUCAAACCUCCACCCCCCAGCCCCCAGACUUGGACUCUCCAGCCAAACAGAGCUCUUGAACCCAGCCACACACAUACAGACUGCCUCAGAUACUCACAGAUGGCUUCAGGGUGGGAAAAGU